GGUGAGCUGCGGGAGCUAAAAUAAGCCUUGUUUUUCAGUGUCCUGAUAUGAAAGUGCGUAACAACUAUCCUUCCUACUGACUGUGUCACCCUGACUGCGUUAUGAAUGGAGGCGAAGUCGUGGUGGUUACAGGCUUUGGACCUUUUCGUCAGUUCUUAGUGAACCCCAGCUGGAAAGCAGCCAAGGGCUUGAAGUUGGUCGGAUUUGGAGAGCGGACUGAUAUUUUCAUCAGGGAAGUGCCAGUGAGUUAUGUUAAAACUCAGCAAAUCAUUGCUGAGAUUUGGCAAACUCUUCACCCGAAGUUUGCUGUACAUCUGGGCGUAGCCAGAGGUUCCAGUGACGUCUUUUUGGAGCAAACAGGAAAGAACAGUGGAUACAGAGACAAAGAUGUGUGUGGCUUCUGUCCUGAAAGUCAGUGCUGUGUGGAAGGAGGACCAGAGAAACUGGACUCAGUCGUUAACAUGAGGGCUGUCGCGAAAGAGUUCAAACAAGCAGGGACGGAUGUCAUUUAUUCAAGAGAUGCUGGCAGGUACCUGUGUGAUUUUGCGUAUUACUUCUCACUGUAUCAUGGUCAGAGAAGAGCAGCCCUCAUCCAUGUACCGUCAUCUGGCAGCCUGACCUCAGCUGACAGACUGGUACCUCUGCUGCAGAGCCUCAUUCACACCAUGCUGGACCAGCUGGAGGACCCUCAGAAACCACAUGAGGAGAUGAUGACAGAGGACUUCUCCAAGCCAGCUGUCACAGCGAGAAGCAGUGAUUAUGAAGACAAACAGUCAGACCUGUUCUCACUUUGAAGAAGUAACAUUAGCAGAAGUGGCGUUAAAUUGUGCGUGAGUGUUGAUGAAAUAAAAAAAAAUCUGAUUUUGAAUGGUUUACAAGACAACCCAAUUAGCCCUAUAGAUUCAAGAAGAGGCAAGCAA